CUUGCACCCGUUAAGUCACCCGAACGAACACAAUGAGACCAAGUCAGGCUUUGCAAGGAGGCGGUGACGUGCCUCUGGGCAAAUACGGGCAAUAUAUUGGCCCUUGGGGUGCCACUGGUGGCCAGAAGCAGCGCGGCAUCAUCACAUACGGUCUCUCCCCGAAUCGCCAGAACCCUUUCGCUGGCGCCACACACGACGCUAUCUUCAACACCUUCCGUCGCUUCCGCAGCCAGGUCCUCUACAUUGCGCCGCCGCUGAUUGCCGGCUACUUCAUUAUGGACUGGGCUAUCGAGCGGAACCAUUACCUCAACUCCAAGGCGGGUCGUGCCGAGUUUGCCGACGAGGAGGAAUAAACCUGCAUUUAUCAUGUGGAUUCAACGACUAGACCGCGACUUUUUUUCGUCAACAAUACCUGUAUAUCAGAUAGUCGGCGAGGCGGAAUAGAACAAACUUCCAACCGCUGGGCCGGUAUAGGCCAUCUACUCUGCGUGCAUUGCCCAUAAGCAUAUUUUCUUGGAAGCCUGGUCUUAAUCGUUUCCUACUUUAUCUUAAAGGCAUCUUUUCUUGGUCGACAGGUCAUUUCCGACUCGAUUCUUUUGUUCUAAGACCACGGACAAUGUACUGGCAAGGUCCAGAUGGGAAGAGCAUCGGGCGGUAGACAUGUGGUAACCAGGAUUGCAGUGAGACUUCGGUUUGUAUCACAGCACAUGGAAUAGGCUACCAGUUGCUACUAGCUACCUUCGGAACUCACUUAUCCACAUAAAUAAGUUACUGGACACGAAGAAAAAACCUCAUUCCAGACCAACACGCG